AAUCGCACCCACAAGAAAAAUUAAGCAACGUUCCACGUGUACCUCCGAUUCCCUUUCCGAAAUCUUCUAUAUAAAUCUAAGAAAGUGUCUAUAUUUAUUUCUCACAUCACACCCCAACCCAACCUUUCCAAUUCAUACAAAUCUGUAAAUUGUAUUGUAUUGUAUUGUAUUGAAUAAUUUACAAGUAGUAAUAAUCAAGGUUUUAGGUUGUGAAGAAGAAGAAGAAUGGCGAAUCUGAUGGAGAAGGCGAAGAACUUCGUGUCGGAGAAAGUGGCGGAGAUGAAGAAACCGGAGGCGAGUGUGAUGGACGUGGAUCUGAAGGGUAUAAGCAGGGAUGCAGUCACAUACAACGCUAAGAUCUCAGUUCAAAACCCUUACAGUCACUCCGUUCCCAUUUGCCAGAUCUCCUACACUCUCAAAAGCACCGGCAGGGUUAUUGCAUCGGGUACAAUGCCCGACCCGGGGUCACUAAUGGCAAAAGAUACGACGAUUUUGGACGUGGCUUUGAAGGUGGCACAUAGCGCAUUGGUGACUUUGGGAAAAGAUAUAGGUGCAGAUUGGGACAUAGAUUACGAGUUGGAUUUGGGUCUGACCCUUGAUCUUCCGCUCAUCGGAAAUUUCACCAUUCCCCUCUCCAGCAAGGGUGAGAUCAAGCUCCCAACCCUCUCUGACUUGUGGAACAAAUAGUCAACUUCCUCCCAGUUUUUGUUGAAGAACUGUGCCAAGUGCAAACAAGAAUUUCACAGAAUUAUAAUCGGAUAGAGAGUUGGGACUCACAUGCGGCAAAAGAUCCUACCUCUUUGUUUGUCUUUUAUAUCCGAUUCUCUAACAUUCUUAGACGUACUUGAGUCCUCUUUUAAGUAUUACAAGUAUGUGGUUUUAUUUAUGUAAUUGUCUUUUCUUUUUUAUGUAAUACUAUGCUGUGGAAUUAUGGGAAUGAAGAACAAAAGAAUUACUUUUGGAAUAA